AUGGAGCAAGCAUACGUGCGCUCAACGUCAGAGGUGCUGAGUCACUUCCACGUUACUGAAGCAGCCGGGCUGUCGUCUGCGCAAGUCGCGGAGUCCAGAAAACGAUAUGGAAGCAACUCUCUCCCGGAAGACCCUCCUACACCCUUAUGGCAACUCGUUCUCGAACAAUUCAAAGACCAGUUGGUCCUCAUACUGCUAGGCUCAGCGGCUAUAUCUUUUGUCCUGGCCCUGUUUGAAGAGUCGGAUGACUGGACUGCGUUUGUCGACCCUGUGGUGAUCUUGACAAUCCUCAUCCUGAAUGCAAUCGUCGGUGUGACGCAAGAGAGCAGCGCCGAAAAGGCCAUUGCAGCCUUGCAAGAGUAUUCCGCAAACGAAGCGAAGGUGAUUCGGGAUGGAUACGUCCAGAAGAUCAAGGCAGAUGAACUUGUGCCAGGAGACAUUGUUACUAUCGCCAUUGGAGAUCGGAUACCGGCAGACUGUCGACUGUUGUCCAUCCAAAGCAACAGCUUCGCAGUCGACCAGGCAAUUUUGACGGGCGAGAGUGAGAGUGUGAGCAAGGAGUGCAAAGCCAUAGACGAUGUGCAGGCUGUCAAACAAGAUCAGGUCAACAUGCUCUUCUCUGGUACAACAGUUGUGACUGGACACGCUACCGCAAUCGUCGUUCUUACGGGUAGUUCUACCGCGAUUGGCGACAUCCACGAGAGCAUCACUUCGCAAAUUUCGGAACCCACGCCACUCAAAGAGAAACUGAACGAUUUUGGUGACACUCUGGCCAAAGUCAUCACAGUAAUCUGUAUCCUGGUGUGGUUGAUUAACAUCCAGCAUUUCAAUGAUCCCUCGCACGGCGGAAGCUGGGCCAAGGGGGCCAUUUACUAUCUGAAAAUCGCCGUGUCAUUGGGAGUUGCCGCAAUUCCAGAAGGUCUCGCCGUGGUCAUCACAACAUGUCUUGCCUUGGGGACGAGGAGAAUGGCGGCCAAGAACGCUAUUGUUCGGAGUUUACCUUCAGUCGAGACCCUCGGUAGCUGCAGUGUGAUAUGCUCCGACAAAACCGGCACUCUCACGACCAACCAGAUGAGUGUUGAGAAGAUUGUCCAUCUCAGCGAAUCUGGUGAUGAGUUGGAGGAAAUCGAGGUCACAGGCACCACCUUUGCCCCGGCCGGAGACCUCAUCCGUAAUGGCAAGAAGCUCGAGAAUCCCGCAGCAAGCUCAGACACCAUAAAGCAAAUGUCAGAAGUCCUGGCGCUCUGCAACGAGGCCCAUCUGUCAUAUGACACAAAGAACGACACCUAUGCAAGCAUCGGAGAACCUACCGAGGGAGCUCUCCGCGUCUUGGUUGAGAAGAUUGGCACCGACAAUGUGGCUCUGAACGAAACUCGGGCCAGUCUGUCCAGCUCUGAGCGAGUCAACUUCGCCAGCAGGUACUACGAGGACAAACUUCCUCUACAGGCGAUGUAUGAGUUUUCGAGAGACCGGAAAAGCAUGUCGGUCCUAGCUGGAAGUGGUCAGGCCCAAAAGCUUCUUGUCAAGGGUGCCCCUGAAUCAAUCAUCGAGCGCUGCUCUCACGUCAUCUUAGGGACAAACGGCACGAAAGCUCCCAUCAACAAGCGGCACCAGGCCCUGCUCGCUCAGGAGCUCGUUGCAUAUGGACGACGUGGCCUUCGCGUGCUGGCGCUGGCUAGCGUGGAAAACGUCAGCGGCAACAAGCUCCUGCACACUGCGAAGAGCAACCGGGCGUAUGCUGAGCUGGAACAGAACAUGACCUUGAUCGGGCUCGUCGGCAUGCUCGACCCGCCUCGCCCAGAAGUGGCCAAGUCGAUUAUGAAGUGCAGAGAAGCUGGGAUUCGCGUGAUUGUCAUAACGGGUGACAACCAGAAUACUGCCGAGACAAUCUGCAAGCAGAUUGGCGUAUUCCAGCAAGACGAAGAUUUGAUCGGCAAAAGCUUCACCGGCCGGCAGUUCGACUCCCUCACGGAGAGCGAAAAGCUCGAAGCUGCGAAGACAGCAUCUCUAUUCUCGCGCGUCGAGCCCAGUCACAAGUCGAAACUUGUUGAUCUCUUGCAGGAAGCCGGCGAGGUGGUGGCCAUGACAGGCGACGGCGUGAAUGACGCCCCAGCAUUGAAGAAGUCUGACAUUGGAGUGGCCAUGGGCUCCGGCACCGAUGUCGCUAAAUUGGCCGCCGACAUGGUGCUGGCGGAUGAUAACUUUGCCACGAUCGAAAUCGCCAUUGAGGAAGGCCGCACCAUCUACAGCAACACCCAGCAGUUCAUCCGGUAUCUUAUCUCGUCUAACAUUGGAGAAGUGGUCUCGAUAUUCCUGACCGCAGCCCUGGGCUUACCGGAAGCAUUGAUCCCCGUUCAACUUCUCUGGGUGAAUCUGGUCACGGACGGUCUUCCGGCCACGGCCCUCUCUUUCAAUCCGGCUGACCACGAUGUGAUGCGUCGAACCCCGCGAAAACGCGAUGAGCCCCUCGUCUCGGGGUGGCUGUUCUUCCGAUACAUGGUUAUUGGCACGUAUGUGGGCGCCGCCACUGUCUUUGGCUAUGUGUGGUGGUUUAUGCUCUAUCCUUCCGGUCCGCAAAUCAGCUUCACGCAGCUCCGGAGCUUCCAUAAAUGCUCGCCAACAAACCCUCUCUUCGAGAACGUCAACUGCGACAUUUUUUCUGCCUCAUCGAUCCCGACACGCACGGCCUCGACUGUCUCCCUCUCCAUUUUGGUUGUGAUCGAGAUGUUCAACGCAAUGAACGCCCUCAGCUCCUCGGAAAGCUUGCUGCAGCUUCCGCUCUGGAAGAACAUGAAACUGAUCUACGCGAUUUGUCUCUCGAUGAUUCUACACUUUGGCAUCCUCUAUACACCCAUUUUACAGGGCGUCUUCUCCAUUGAGGCUCUGGGGUGGGAUGAGUGGAUGGCCGUGCUGUGGAUCUCGGCCCCGGUCAUCUUGAUAGACGAGGUCCUCAAGGCGAUCGAGAGAGCCGUCUACGUCAAUUCCAAGUCGGAGCGGCGGAGGCGAGCUAGUAUCUCGGGAGGUAGUGGUUUGAAAGGGGAAGGGAACGGGGCCGUGGCCAACGGCAAGAUAAAGGCGAAUUGA